CAGGACACAGGAUCUGCAGGCAGAGAAAGGCACAACCCAUCACUAGUGAGGACUCCAGCAGUGCGCAGUCUUCUCCACGUCUCUGUUCUGUGAGGACUUUGUGGAGCUCCCGGACCAGUCCUGCUCAGAAGUUUCCUCCACAGCAUUAGAUGAUCUCAAAGCUGAUGCGGCGGUCAGGGAGGACUGCUGCUACAGGACCCACCACUCUGUGGACUCUACUCAUGGUGGUCUUCUCUGGAUGUUUCCUAACAGAAGCCACUCCACACCUCACCUACCACCGACCUGCACAGAGGGGCAAGAAUUGGUGUGCUUUCAUCGUAAACAAGAAUGUCAGCUGCACUGUCAUGGAUGGGAGUGAGAGUUUUAUCCAGCCUCAGUACAGAUGUACCUGGAACCAGAUCCACUGUCAACCAACACUAGCUUAUAAGGUUGGCUUUAGACCUAGGUAUGUAACCUCCUACAAAGUUGUGACUGAGCUGGAAUGGAGGUGCUGCCCUGGUUUUAAGGGUGAAGAUUGUAAAGAGGGCCCUGCUGACAAAGCCAAGCAGACCCCUAUACAUACUCCUUGGCCAAGUGUGGGGAAGAGAGACCCAGAGCCAAAGGAACAACAACAUAAACCUUUGGAUUCCAAGAGAGAUUUUCAAGAAUUGAAUGAAGCACAAGAGAAAAAGAUUCAGACCCUUGAAGAAGACCUACUCCGACUUACGCAGACCGUCAUUGACUUGCAAACCUCUGUGUCCGGUGUAAAUGAAAACUUGAAGAUCACUGUUCAAGAAGACACCAGUAAAUUUUUAAAUACUUGGCUCAACAACUUGACACCAACAGCCAGUGCCACUGGUGGUAAGACAGAGUACUACUUACCAGGGUUUCCAGGAAGUGCUGAGAAAGAGGACGGGCUAAAAGAUAUAGUGUCUGAAUUAACAAGUGCCCGAGAGGAACUUCAAAAGAAAACUGAUCAAAUUGAAGAACUAACCAGAAAAAUCAAUCUAUAUGAGGAACGUCUAAUUGAUAUUGAAGAAAUGUCCCGUCAGCCAACAGUAAAAACACCUGUUUCUAUUAGCGAUGAUAAAUUGGAAGCUCUGAGAAAUGAGAUGCUUGAGGGAAUGGAUAGAAAAAUGGCUGAUCUGAAAAACUCUUGUGACUAUAAGCUGAUUAAUGUUCAACAACAAUGUGAAGAGAACGAGCAUAGCUGCGCCGAAGUCAAAGAUUUUGUUCUUGAAAAAGAGACUGAACUCCGUAAUGACAUAAACAAGUUAAAGUCUCAAAUCCCAACUGUACCAAAUAGUGGUUCAAAUUGCUGUAAAGAUGAUAUCGACACCAUACUGAAGAACUUGGGUCAAAAAGUUGACAGAAUUGCUGAAGCCAAUGUGGCCCUCAAUGCCCGAUUAGACAAUGAGGUACAGCGUUUGAGCACCUUAACACCAGAGCAGUCUUGGCUUGAAAAAUUGAAUGAUUUAGAGUUCAAGGUCAAUGUCUCAGAAAGAAAUGUAGAGCAACAUUGCUUCUACAUUGAAGACACAUUAAGAGAUUUAAUUAACAGUAGUGUUGACAAUGUGAACAAUCUAAUUGACUUGAAGCUUCAGUUAUUGGAGAAUAGGUUGGGCGAUGCUAGCAGUAACCGUGAUCCUGCAGAUUCCAGCAGCUCGAUUGCCAGCUCUGUUUUUAAUGAGGUCAGUGACUUGAAACAUGUGGUGCAGAAGCUUGACAAUGAAUUGAAAGCUGCCUUACAUGGCAAAGAAGGUUCUUUAGGUGACAUUAAUGGGUACAACAAUAAUUAUGAAAUUUUGAUCCAGUCUCAGCUGGAUAAUGCACUUCUUUUAAAGUCUCUCACUGAUACAAUGCAUGAGAAGUUUGAGUUACUACAAAACAAGACAUCAGAUUUGGAAGGAUUGAAAACUGAGCUGGGAAUGGUUAAAAUGGAUCUGUACAAGAUUGAAGACAGUGUUGAUUUAUUGAAUGAUAAGUUUGAUUCAUUGAAAGACCAGGUGCAUGGUAUUAACUCUACUGUCACUGAUACACGGUUUGGCCUAUCGGCAAAAGUUGAUGUUGUCCAAAAACUUUUUGAUACCUCUUCAGAUUCUUCUACAAAUAGUAACUGUUGUAGCAAUCUCCAAGAUAAUUUUGAAGUCCUGAAGCGUGAAUUAACUGCUGACAAAGGGAAGUGCCCACAAAAUUCUCAGGGAAUUAGAACUGAACUUUCGAAUAUUGAUGCCAGAGUUUCUAAGUUGGAAAAUGUAUGUGGAAAGUUGGACACUAUCUCUGGCAGCCUGCAAAGGAUUAAAGAUGGGCUUAACAAACAUGUAACCAGUUUAUGGAACUGUAUAAACAAGAUCAAUGGGACAAUAAAGUCACAUUCCAAUGACAUUUAUGGACUGAAAAACUCUGUCCAGGUGUUCCAAACACAGAUCAUCAAAAUCACAAAUGAUUUACAAGAUCUUAGCAAGAGCAAACCUGGAGAAGGUUCUCAGCCGAAACACACAAUACAAUUUCAAGUUAUACCUCAACUUCCACCAAGAAGCACGGAAAAACCAAAAUACCCACAAGAGCCAAUAUACCCCCAGGUUCCCAUAGUGCCUUCAAUUCCUAAACAGCCUGCACAACCUCAAGAACCUCAUUAUCCAAGCAAGCCAGACUCCCCAUCGCAGCCUGGACAACCACAGCUACCUCUAGACCCUACCAGUACAAAGCCAAAACAACCACCAGCCAAACCAGAGCCUCCUACCUCUUCAGGAUCUAUCGUUAUACCACUGGGUCCUAGACGAAAUGGAGUCAUUUUAGAGCAUGGUCAAGCUGGCCCUCCUGGUAGAUUGGUACAGACUGGAUCAGGAAGGCCACAAGGUGCUAAUGGAGAGCAAGAAAUGCAAAUGUCAAAAGGUUUUGCUGGAGCACCAGCUUAUCUCAAGCCAGCUAAAGAUAAAACAGAUCAAAUAUUGAUCACUACAUUUUCAGAAUCCAGAGGAGCAAUUGCUACAACUACACAGAUAUCAUUCUCAGCUGGACUGACCGAAAAACCAAGCUCAUUUGAAGUUGGCCUAAUUCCCUUUAAUAAUGUUCUGGUUAAUGAUGGCAAGCACUAUAACCCUGAGACAGGUAUCUUCACAGCUCCCAUUGAGGGUCGUUAUAUGCUCUCUGCAGUCCUAACUCCAGAGCACAACCAUUUUGUGGAAGCUGUCUUGUUGGUGUCCAAUGUCAGUGUGGCACAGCUGGAUUCUAAUGGCUACAGGCGAGAGCUCUUGGAGUAUCACAACCCAAGCUCCAGUAGGUCAGUUUGCAGCGGGAUUGGCACAUUCAAUCUCAUCUUGAACUUGAAAGCUGGAGAUGAAGUUGCCAUUGUCCUGACAGGAGGCAAACUGGCGAAUUCAGACUCUGAUGAAAUGUACUCCACAUUCAGUGGCGUCUUAUUAUACCCGUCCACCCCCCUCAGAUAGCUUAACACCUAAUCGAGAGACAUUCAGUACAAAGGAAUUUGAAGUGUUAAUAUAUACUGUUUAGGAAUAUGGCCUUAUUGUGAGUGAAUGUAUAAGAUAUGUUGUACCUUAUGGUAUGCACACUAUAUAAGAAAUGACAUUUGCCUUUCUGCAGAUUUUUUUUUUUUUUUUUUUUUUUUCCCUUCAAAUAUUUUCUAAUUAUUCUUUUAAAAAAGCAACUUUAUGCACUGUCCAGAUUUUUUUUAUACAUUUGUUUUAAUUUUUUUUAUCACUGAGAUGUUUCUCUGCGUAUUUUAGAAUUUUAUAUUGUUCUGCGCUUGGUAGGUCACGUAAAUGCGUUAUUUAAUGUUCUGCAUGUAUCAUUCUGUCCUUAUUUAAAUGUGGUACUAUGUGUUCUAUAAAUUGUCCAUAAAAAGCAAUGAAGAAACUACAUACAGCUAAUUAUCAAGUGCCUUACAUCACAAGUUAGGAUCUUUGCAGGUUUAAGGAAAGAUAAAUUUGAUAGUAUGGAUAGUUAACACGUCAUAAAUUAGUAUUAGACGUAUAGAAUAUAGCGUGCUCAUAAAAACAAUACAUUAUUUAUAAAUUACUGGGUAAG